AUGUCUCGCUCUUACGUUGAACCGCCAUUUCCUGUCGAACAGUCAGCUUCGCAGGCAAAGAAUUCUCAAAUUUGCGGCUACAACACACGCAGUCCAGCUGUUAAACGACUCUUACGAGAAGCCAAGGAACUGCGAGAGGACGAUAGUGAUGAUUACUGUGCUGAGCCUCUUGAAGAUAAUAUCUUUGAAUGGCAUUUUGUAAUUCGAGGUCCCAUGGAUUCCGAAUACGAGGGCGGAAGGCAACCAAAUGGUCGGUUUGUACCUAACAAGAAAAUCUGCCUAAGUAUUACUGGGUAUCAUCCAGAGUACUGGUUGCCCGCCUGGGGAAUUCGAACAGUCAUAUUAGCACUAAUUGGCUUUAUGACGACUAAAGCGAAUGGUGCGAUCGGAGGCGAUGAUAGUUAUUCACCCGAGGAUCGUAAGAUUUUGGCUAAACGGUCUCGUAAUGACACAUGCAAAAUAUGUAAAGUACCCAACAUAGUGCUGCUGCCAGAUAGAACACGCACCGAUAAAGCGCCAGCUCGCGAAACUCUGGGAGAAAAGAUUGUAAUGUACUAUGAAGAUGUGUUCAAGGAGAUGCCUAAUAACAAUACUACUACCGACCUUGCAAGUUCUGAAGAGACAUCUGGUCAGUCGGCGGAGAUGCCUGGUCAAUUGACAGAAAAGACGCCCAAUCAAUUAGUGGAAGAGACGCCCGAUCAAUUAGUGGAAGAGACGUCUGAUCGGCUGGUGCCAAAUACUAUGUCACAUAAACCACGAGACAUUGUUUUUAUUGACAUCUUGAUUGGGAUUGUUCUGGCUAUCGUAAUUACAUUGAUCGUUAAGAAGUUCAUGUAG